AUUUUAUUUAUAUUAAGAAUGCAUUUAAAUUAAAUGAGAUUACGAAUAUUGCAUUUUAAUAACACAAUUUCGGCAAUCACAUAAUUGUGCAAAACUUAUUUAUUACAAGAGAUAUGUUAAAAAAGAAUACGAGUAAAAAAAUCUCAGAUAAUUUUUCGCACUUUUAUCGAGCCGCAGCAAGCCGAUGACUCGAAACCUUGAAUUUCUGAAGCCUGAUGCUCCGAACUUAUCCAGGUAUCCUUUUGCGAUUCAAUAUUUAUUUAACAUUCGCAGGAGAGGAAAGUCGAAAGCGGCGCGCGAGAGGCGCGCACGAGGGUGGCGCGGCGCGUAAAUCACGUGACCGCUCUUAGGUCCGCCGCACCGAUCACGUGACCGUCUUUGUGCCCGGCGCUGCAGGCCCAGUGACGUAGGGAGGCGCGACCCGGUGGCGUCAGUAGCCAGCAAGCCUUGAGUGCGAGCGGAUGUGCGAGCGCAUCGUCGGCGGAGCGCGGCUCGAUCUCCCGUCGCGGCUACGCGAGAGACUCUCUCCUUUUUUUCCCUCCCUCCCUCUCUGUCUGUCGGUGCGCGUCUCUCUCUUUCUUUUUUUCAUACACUGUCUCGCACACGCUCUCACACCCCUCUCUGUUUUGUCCGCCUGUCACCCCGUCGUCUGUCGCGCGUGUCGUCGAUUCCGGCGAGGAACGCGAGUUCCUCCUCGCCCCCUCCUCGUCGACCCCUCGUGUGUUCUUCUGGUGCAUUGGUGCUCUCCGCUUUCCGCGCGCGGAUUCCUGUGUAGUGUGUGUGCUCGCUCUGUGCGUGCCGCGAGAGUUUCCGCUCCGGGAGAAGGCGAUACUAACCGCACACGGUGGCACAGUGGCUCUCGUGCGCGCGCGCGCGCGGGGGGGGGACCGUGCGUGCGUGCGUGCGUGCGUACACGCGCGUGCACCGCAUUGGACUGGACGCCGACGAGCGUCAGUGGUGGUGCACGAUCGGAGCGUGCGUUUCCUCGGCGUUGCGCGUCACCCGGGAAGCGCCGCCUUCGUUCACCACGUUCGCCUGAGCGUGGAUCCGCGUUACCCCGGAAACUGACCACGGCGACGGCGACGUAAGGCCCUUCGCCGAAAACGACUGACAACGGUGCGGCGCGGCGAAGAGAGAAAGAGAGCGGGGCCCUUGGAGCAGUACGGCGUACAUACAGUGCGGCGGUGUUGUGUGCGUGCGUGCGUGCAAACAUAACCUAAGUGUCGCUCGAACGCGGCUAAGUGCCGUUCGCUGUCACGUUCGUGUACUCGAACGUGACGAAGGGAUAUAUACACAUAUAUCUAUAUAUAUACACGCGUGUAUUAUCGAGAACGCGGACAAGGCACGCCAGGAUCGAAAAUCGAACAGGAACGCCGAUAGUAACGGCGUGCUCCUUGUCCAGCGUGAACGACGAGCAACGUGAAGCAAGCAGAAAGGUGAAAGAAGAGCAAGAUACGGUUACUUAUCCCGACGCGAUAAAGGACCGCCGUCUGCGCGUGUAUCGCGCGUUCUCCUCACCGCUUCUCACUCGCGAGAGCAGUGGACCGACGCCUCGGGAACCUCGAAUUCGAGCCGAGCGUGCGUGGGCAGACGAGGCGGACGCAAGAAAAAAGGCAAACAACAAAAGCGCGCAAAAAAGGGGGGAAACCAUGUUGGCAGCGUGAGUUCUCGCUCCGCGAUCCAUCGAUCGAUCCGACCCGUCGAUCGCACGCCGACUCGCGACAGUAAUAGCGGUGGCUCGCUCGAACGAGCGGCCGAGAGGGCACGGCCCGUGAAGGCACGAGGGGGGGGUUACGGGCCACCGAAGUGCUUUGAUGGCAGUGGUUGGGCCCAGCCGGCACUCGCGGGUGUCCAUGAGCGUGUCCAUACCGCUGAUGCAGGGCGGCGGGGCGGGGGCGACCGGCGCCGGCGGCGGCGGCGCCGGUGCCGCCGCCGCCGGGGCCCACCCGGGCCAGGCGGUGCUGGCCGCGGCCGCCGCCGCCGCGGCUGCGGCCCAAGCGGCGCCCCCCACUUACUACCACCCCGCGGCACCCGCGCCUCCGCCCCCACCGCCAGCUCAGGACCCAAUUCAGCCGGACCGACCCAUCGGCUACGGGGCCUUCGGCGUCGUCUGGGCUGUCACAGAUCCAAGGGAUGGCAGGAGGGUAGCCUUAAAAAAACUGCCGAAUGUCUUUCAAAGUCUAGUGAGCAGCAAGCGAGUCUUCAGGGAGCUGAAAAUGCUUUGCUUCUUCAAACACGAUAACGUCCUCUCCGCGCUGGACAUCCUUCAGCCGCCGCAUCUGGACUUCUUCCAAGAGAUAUACGUGAUCACCGAGCUGCUCCAGAGUGACCUGCAUAAGAUCAUCGUCAGCCCGCAGCAUCUCAGCCCGGACCACAUCAAGGUCUUCCUUUAUCAGAUUCUACGAGGCCUCAAGUACCUUCACUCGGCCCGAAUCCUCCACAGGGACAUCAAACCGGGGAACCUCCUAGUGAACAGCAAUUGCGUGCUAAAAAUCUGUGAUUUUGGGCUGGCCCGGGUUGCGGAGCCCGACCAAAACGUGCACAUGACCCAGGAAGUGGUGACACAGUAUUAUCGCGCACCGGAAAUCCUGAUGGGUGCGCGGCAUUACACCGCCGCGGUGGACGUGUGGAGCGUAGGCUGUAUCUUCGGCGAACUGCUGCGUCGGCGAAUCCUCUUUCAGGCCCAAAGUCCUGUGCAACAGCUUGACCUAAUAACAGAACUGCUGGGUUCGCCAACUCUUGAAGAAAUGAGGUAUGCGUGCGAGGGCGCAAAGUCGCAUAUGAUGAGGAGGGCGCAUAAACCGUCGUCGCUCGCCACCCUGUAUAAUCUCAGCAACCAGGCAACGCACGAGGCCGUCCAUUUGCUCUGCCAGAUGCUAGUCUUCGAUCCCGACAAGAGGAUCACCGUGGUGGACGCCCUGGCGCAUCCUUAUCUGGACGAGGGGCGAUUACGGUACCACUCGUGCAUGUGCACGUGUUGCUAUACGACGAGUGCCGGUGUGCGGCAAUAUAGGGUCGGUUUUGAGCCCUCGGCUUCCCAGCCGUUCGACGAUCUCUGGGAGCGAAAGCUGACGAGCGUGCAGCAGGUGAAAGAGGAGAUGCACAAAUUUAUAGCGGAACAGCUGAACACAUCGCGAGUGCCGCUCUGCAUAAAUCCGCAAUCAGCGGCGUUCAAGAGCUUCGCAAGUUAGAGCAAGCCGAUCGCCGAACCAGCGCCCUGCGUCGCGUAUACGUACACGUUACUACUACCACUACCGACUCAGCUAUCUACCACUGUCAGCUACUAUCGACUACUACCGCUAUCGUCUACUACUACUACCACUACCACUACCGCUACUACUACUACUACUACCAAUCGUGUUACGCCUCCUCCUGAACGAACCGAAUGAACCGAGAGUCAGCUAUAGUCGGCGCGACCUCGCUCGCAGAGGUACAUGAUCCAGCCUAUUUUUUAUAAUGCCAAUUUUAUAAUUGCCUUUGGUUUAGUUGUGUUACACUGUUCUUCUGUACUUCUUUUGUUCACCAUGGGUCCUCUGACCGUCCUUAGUUUACCUCAUGAUGUGCGUGCGCCACGAUACCGCGCCACUUUACGUUCCGCCGGAAGUUACUGUACCGCAUGACCGGUGCACACCUGGAACCGCCAUGCCGCCGCCCUUCCGCUGCUCGAACGCUGUGCGAAUAAAUGCGGAUUCACCAACAGAGACCAAGCAGAACCGCAUUUAUUGGCACGUUCAAAGCGGAGGAGCGACUGGCGGUUCCCGCGACACCCUGUAGUGUCACAUCUCGAAUCGGUUGUGUCGGGUUUCGGACCAGGUCGAUCGCGCUCGAACGGGGUGACACUUGCUUGCACAAUUGAGUGUAAUUGAGGGUGAAUUCGAGAACACGAAUCACGAAUCACGAAUGGUCGACGAUACGGCGGCGCGACGAUGUUCGCACUUGGACGUCCUCGAAGAUCCGAUAUGAUAUGCAUGAAAUAAUAUAAUAUUACAGAAUUUCUCUCGGAUUUCUCUGAUUUCUCUGGGACAAUUUGGACAAUUUACAAUUAUAGAAUUGUCGGUUGGAUGAGAUGAUUUUUGGCAAUUUCGAAGCGAUGCCGCCGGAUAUUUGUCAAAGCUGCAUGAAGAGUGCUUCCUAUACACUGCGACAUGACCUCAAAUAGAUUAAGAACCUGUUUGGUUGGAUUAAAAACUGGUUUCAAUCAUGUGUCGAAAUUGUCGGAACGUUUAAGAAGAAACGCUGUGUGUCGAAUAUUCACAUCGUCUGAGAAUUUGUUAUGAAAUAUUUACCGCUACAGUCGCACAUUAUCCGAAGCGCAAGUAUCCAAUUUAUAGUUAUGUCGAGCGCUGAUAUUCUGCAUUUACGUCAAACGCGUGCGAGUGUAAAAUUGUUCGAGCAAACUAUGGGUUGAAGCGAAUUCCGACGAAAUUAGGCCGCUUCAGUGUCAAUUUUCGCGAAUUUGAGUGACACAGCUUUAAGCGACGACUGACAAGAGUGUCCAGAUAUGUCCAGCGGCGCUAAUUAGCAGCAAUUUCGCGUACGCAUAAUUAACGGGUACCUUUAAACAUCCGCACGACGAUAAUAUACCCGAUGCCACUCGGCAGGAUACCGUUCCUUUGUCCGAGUGUUUCCGUCCUCUCUCUCUCUUUUUUUCUUUCUCUCUCUCUCUCUCUCUCUCUCUGUCUUUUCUCCUCUUUCUCUCUCUUUCUCUUUCUUGACUGGGCGAGAGCGUUGCUGAAGCGAGAAAUCGCAUCGACGUUGGCCCACUUUCGCGGCCACUCUAAGGCGAGUCCGAAGGAGUCUAAUUAAAAAGAGGACACGAUCUUCGAGGAACAUCCAUCGAUCGUGCGACUCCCCUUUCAUCCCCGCGAUUCUAUAUUCCUCCGUGAAAUGUUAAGUUUGUGGUAGAUUGCGUAGUACUGUGAUAAAAUAAUGCUGAAACUGUGCCGCGAUAAAAGAAAAAUCAGUUUUAGUCCUGCUUCUGGAAACUGAAUGUGAUUAUAAUAAAUGUAUGUGUUAGAUUACUUUCUUCGAUCUUAAACUUUGCAAAGUAACCAUGAAUAAUGAGAGAAAGGAAACACGUACUCCUCAUUAAAAUAUAUCGCCAUUAUUAUGUAUUUUAAUUAUUCAAUUAUAUCAAAGUAUAAAAAAGUAGAGCAAUAAUAGGCGGGAAAUCGGAAAGUUGUGAGAGUGAAACACAAAUUAAUUACAGAGUAAAAUUCGUAUUUCAAAAUUCAUUUUGCUUCGAUGAAUCUCUUAUGCAGGAAUUAUUGCGACUGCUGUUUCAGUCUGCCUGAACCCUAUCUCUCCCCUUCCUCGAUUCUAACUCAGCAUCCAUUCUCGGGAGGAGAAAAUUUGAUUUGUCGUAAUCUUUGUUUUGCAGUGUCUGAAUAUUAAUAAGCGAAAUACAACGAAUCGCAAGUGGUCACCCCGGUUUUGCGCGCGCGCGACUCGCGCAAUUCGUGUUGUCUCACCAUUUUACGAAAGUGCUACUUGCGCGUAGAAAGAAAACGGAGAGAAAAUACCCGAAUGGGCACAUUGCUUCACAUUGUUGACAUUAUGAGCGUAAAAGAAGGCCUGAUCCACCAUGCAGCCUUCAGUUGAGAGAAACGUCGACAUAAGAGACAUGAGUACCGCGACGCGCCGAAGAGAAAACCAAGAGGAACAAAAAAAAACAUGAUGCAUAAGCUCUCUUUUCGCGAAAAGCUGCGAAAAAAAAGAAAAAGAUAGAUCGAGAAGAAGAUUCUCUCCCCGACCCUCACCCCACCCCUGGAUCCAUGUUAUAGCUCGCAGCCCGAUGAUACGAAACACCUUCCGCUAUAGAUGACAUCCACCCGAUAGGUCGAUAUUAACUUCGAAGAACAGCCCGAGAGAGAGACGUAGACGAUAGACAAAGAGAAAAAAAACGUGAGCAGAUUUAUGUCGGGAGUAACACUGUGUUCAAGAAGAGAUAGAGAGAAAGAGAGUAAGAGAGAGAGAGAGAGAGAGAGUUUUAGAGGAGAGACGGAUCGGCUGUCACGCAUGCUGACAGCUGCAUGGAAAUCAGACGGACAUUUUUAUUAUUUUAUCGAGAGCCGAGACCCAUUCGACUCUCUUCGGAUAGAUCGUCACGAGCGAGUAGCGCGUGCUCCGACCUGAUAACGGUAAUUGGUAAUUAUCGAUAUCGGUCGCCGCUUUGGCGAUUACGUUAAUGCCCGAAUGACGGAGGAUGAUUCACAAUCGAAAGAUGAGCGAGGUGGAAGCUUGGGCUCGGUGUGUAGAAAGCCGAUCGUAGCAUCUUUAGGUGUAGAGAGACACGCGAGUUUAGAGGAUAAAGAGUUUCGUUGUGUACAUAUACUUAUACAUGUGUCAAUUAUUCAUGCUUUCUGUAACUGUGACAAGAAAUAUAAAGUAACAUUAAAUGAAAAUAUAGUAAUGCUAUUUUUAACGACUCGAAACUCGGAGAAGGAGAAACACCGCGCCGUUGCUGCUCGUUGACGAUUUCAGUUCGUACGAUUUAGUCGAUUGAUAAUACCAAGGUGCGAAAUGAUAGUUGUAAAUUAUUUUCAUGACGUUUCGUACACUUCGUGUUCUCGAUCAUUAGAAAACGCGAAUAGCCGAGCGAGCUUCCGCGUAAUAUGCAAAUGAUAAUUUUUGAAUUACUCUAAAUGAAUUUCUGUAUAACGUUCUCUCGAAUGUUUAUAUGUAACUGAUUGAAUUAUAUAAAUAUGUAUUCCUUUAUUUAUAAAUCUGCUUAUCGAAUACUUAUCAGACGAUAAAUAAGCGCUACAAAAUUGCAUAUAUUCCAAAUUUCUAAUCAUUCCUGCCGUUUUAAGACUAAAAUCUUUCAUCCACCUGAAGUACUCGGAAAUUCUUAUUUCUGCCUGUAAAAAGUUAGCUCGGCGUUUCGCACGUAGUUGUACUUGUCACCCUUCACACUCCGCGUGAAUCGAUUGCCCUAACUGUCCCACGGCGAUCGAGUUAUUCUCGCCUGUCGAGCUCUCCGACAUGCAAAUAAAAAAAGGUCAUUAGAUUUAAAAUGAAUAAAUGAAAAGGUAACUUUGCCGCCGAGCGAAGUUGUGUCCGCUCGGUCGGAAUACCGUUCGCCGUUUAUACAGGGUGGUCGAUUCGCGUGUUAUCAAAGGAGGGUCGCACGUCUCCCCUUCAGCCUGUAGCCUCCUCGCUCCAUCCACCCCCGUUCGCCCCUUCAUCGCUCCUCUAAUGACUUGUUCGUACGACUUGCAGCUCCACGGUGGCUCACCCCUCGGAAUUGCCACCCUCUCCACACCAGUGGGAAUAAAGUCUUCCCCGUUCCCGUCCCCGAGAUAGGCCAUCGGACUCGAAACCGACGACUUUGCGUCGCGCGACAAGAAGAAAGGAGGAUCCUCGUCGACCGGAAGAUAGUAAGUCGCCGAUAGCACCAAGAGAGAAGAGGAGGAGGACGGAAGGAAGACGGGGGCUGGAAACUGCGGAGAGAAGAGCCAAGAGAGACAAUAGACUGCCGCACACACUGUAGCCUCAAUUUUCGACUAGCUGAUACAUAUACACGCAUGGAACAUCGCGAGACGCGCGGAAAAAUGACGGUGAUCUCGAGAUGCUCGUUCGAUUUAUCUCGACCACGCGUUUUCGCCAAUUAUCUAAUCUUCUUGCACGAGUGGAGCUUCUUCGAGGAACUCGAAAGUAGUUUGAAAAUAAUUCGAAUUCGGAGAUGCUCGAUGAAUAAAUCAGGGGAAUUCCGAUUUUUCCACGAAGAUGUAUUUUAACUGGAAAUUCGUUUUCUCGAAUUCCUUUCUCUCAAGCUCGUAUUUCCGCGUAAAAUAAAAACUGCAUAAAACGGCUUGAAAGUUCCUCCAAGCUUUUUUUCCGAGAGACACUUCCUUCAAGGAAAUCGGAGACAUUUUCCUUUAGUGAUGCAUUGCCGCGGAUUUCUCGAUUUUUCUUCUCGGAACACUUAACCAUAGUUUCGUCGAAAGAUAAUUUGGCAUUGAAAUAGAAGUACGGGUAAUAAUAUUCUGUUUCACAAUAUUUAAAUUUAGACGCGAUUUACUUUAAUGGUUUGUUUCGGUGGAUUGCUAGAUUUCCAUUUAAUUAGUGAAAUAUAAGUAUCGAUUCUCACAAAACUUCCACAAUACUCGUGAGAUCUGAAGAAAUCCACCGAUUCUAAAGAUUAAUCAUAGACUGAUUAAUGAAUAAAAAAAGGACAAUUUUUUGUGUAUCAUGAAGAAAAUGAAGGCAAGAUCAACUUGAAAUUCAACAAGAGCACUAAUCCGUCAUUUUGCUGCGCAUUUCACCGAGCACCCUGUGUGUAUAUAUAGCAAUAUAUUAUACAUAUUAUACGUUGUAUACAUACGACCGAGGGGAGAUAGAUACGUACACAUAUACGCGCAACACAGACAAACACACACGUACACAUGCAUACACACGAUAGUUAUCUACACAUCAUACACACUAGCCAAUUUAAAACACGAAGUAGCCAAUUAAUUCCGUGAGAAAGAAAGAGAGAGAGAGAGAACGCGCGAUGGGGGAUUUCCGAAGAGCGGAAUCAUGGGUACCGUGAGAGCGGGAGCACAGAGAGAAAGAGAGAGAGAGGAGGUGAAAGAAGUAAUAGUUUUAAUAGCGAUUAGUAAACGCGAGCGUCGAGAAGACGGGCCAGUCUUUUUUUUGUUCUUUCCUUAGAUUUUACACACGUGUACACAGGUCGCGCGAGGUCAGUUGGCAUUUAUAAUCGUGUAUGCGCGCGUGCGAGCGCACUUGCGGGAGGAAAGUGCCGGGAUAAGAAGAAGAGAGCACUUUCUCUCGUCCUGAUCGAGGAGAGACCUCGUCUCUCCGACGAAAGCGUGGAUAUCGCAUUACGAAUCGCAGCGCGUUCUCAAAAGGACGUUUCCACGAGAAGAAGGAGGUCGUUGCAACGACGAGAUUAUCGCGCGAGAUCGAAUGAUCCCUGAUAGAAUAUCGUUGAAGAACACGCUCGAGGAAUCGCGAGGUACGACAUCCUCACGAAGCAUCGAGCGGAUUCAUUCUCGGGAGGAUGUCUCGGUAUCUCAUUGUUAUCACGAGGACGUCCUCGCGACAAUGAUGAAACUAUCGCUUCGAAUAAUCAAGUAAAAAGACUUAGAUUGUUUGUGCGAUUGUUGCUCGUGGAACGCGAAAAUAGCACGUUGAAUUCAAUCGUCAUUGAUCGAGGAUGUCGGGGGAUGUCGCGCGAUCAAUUCUUCCUCCGAUCAGCGGAAACUCGAGGACUUUUCCUCUUACGGGAGAAAGACGUUUUUCGCAAGAUUCUCCGUUUACUGGAGCGAGAGUCAAGCAUCGUGCGAACUAAUCGAUCACUAUCGAUAUUCGAUGGAAACGAGACUCUCGCUGAAUCGGCGACAGAUCGGCGAUGAGGGAAGAGAGAGAUACAAGAAAGAAGACCGAUGAAUCGGAGAAGUCAUUGAUCCUUCUCGAUGGAGUGGCAAUUAUGAAAAAUACUGCGAGAAAGUAAAAACUCGCGGCGAAUGUGAUAUAUAACGGCUGGCGGAAUCGCGAGACGGCACUUUUCCUCCCUAGUGUCGGCGCUAAUAACGUGACGAAGCAUUUAAUUUCACAACCAGCGCGUUCGCUGGGAACAAAAACCCUCUGAUCGAGAUGUCCCUUUGCGGGAUAAGGAAGAAGAUAGGUGAGCAAUCACGAGAUAUGCGCACGAUAUGCGAGAGUGUGGAAAGAAAGGGAAAGUGGGAAAAAAUCGCAACGGCGAGUCGUGGAAAUUGAAAUCGGUAGAUCCGUCGGGAGAGAUCCGUUUGCGAGCAUCGUAUUGCGCGCGAUAUUUUCACAUUCAUCGGCGAAUGUUGAAGCGGAAAGAAUUCAAGCGCGAGAUGAACUUGAAUCGAUCGAAGUCGUGCAAGGAGCGAGACAGCUUCGAAGAUCGAUGGAUUCCGAACUAGAUACGCGAAAGAUCGUCCAUAGAUCAUCGAAGAAUCUUCAAAUCACUCGGAAGACGGAUACCUACUAUAAAUCUUUCGAUGAUACUUUCUUUAUAGCUGAUGACUCGCCGUUUCGCGAUAGCAUGAAAGAUGCUCGCGUCCUACGCUUUCACGAGCGUCUCGGUCCGUCUCUCGAGAUGUCGAUCUCGAGCGAUGGCACUGUUGGAUCUCAGGUUCGAAAAAAGUCGGGAAGGAACGAUGAAGGAACUCUCUUGCGAUAGAGUUCCGCAGGACUCCCGCACUUCCGUCGCGUAGAACGAGGAGAGCGGGAAAACGGAGGAUACGUACGAACCACGUAUCGACGUCCAACGAUCUUGUCGCCGACCCAUCUCGAGAAUUUCGAGAAAUCCCGUGUCGAGGAAACGGUCCUCGUCCACCCCGGCGACGACGAUGCUCCCUCGUUUACCUCGCGAACGCGAGUUUCCCUCGCGCGAUCGAAGGAUCGCGACUUAUUCCAAUAAAUACACUGCCGAUGUAUCAUGCGAGCGCAAUGGUAUCGAUAUGGGAAAACAUGUGAGAGAACGAAAGAGACAGAAGAUGGAUAGAUCAAGAUAGAAAGUAAGGAAAAUCGGAAAUUGGGACCGGCUUAAUCCUUUCAGGCUCAAACACUUCUGGUAGAAUUUUGAGAAACGAGCGAGAACGAGCAUAGAACGAAACAUAGAACAAAAUGUAAAUCCGAAAAUCUGAGCGGGGCUUUAGGCUCGGUCUCAAUCCCCGACGAGAGCGUAUAUAUCCGCACGAAAAAGUGAGAGGGAAGAGAACGAUGGAUCGAAAUCGUUUCUGUAUAGAUAAGUAAUACCUCCGCUCUUAUUAUUUUCAAUUGUUGUACAUUAUUGUAAGAGCGCCCACUGCCGUGCGACCGCGAAUCGACGCGCGAAUCCGGGCGAGAAACGUAGAAAAAAAUUACAAUUACGAGAGAAAGCGGAAACGGAAAUUUUUAGCGGUGGCUAACGGAAAGUAUUGUACGACUAUGCAAUUUGGAUGUUUUCAGUAAUGAUCGUUCUUUCCGGCGUUGAUUUAUCAGUAAUGGAAUAUGGAGGUCGUUCUCCCGUGAACUGAAAAGAGAUUCCCGAUCCGAAAUUCCGAACUCGGUGGGAAUAUGCCGCUCAGCAGCGUUUAUCUUUUCGCUUCAUCGCGUCUCGUGCCCUUCGCGAAGGGCAGUGUACAGAGAGAAGUGGAAGGGUGCACGGUACACAUAAUUACGUUCCGAGUGUGAUUUUAGAGAUUAAGGGAACUUAGGUAGAAGCCAGUAAGUAGCUCUGAAUCGAACGAAAUACCUUUAGGAGAAAUGCGAGCGAAGGGCGGUAGUAGGUAGUAGCGAUCUAGCGAGACGCGCCACGCGUGCUUGGUUCUCGUUGACGGUAACUGAAAAGCACAUGUGUUCUCUUUUUUACGCGGAUCCGCUCGUGACGACCGAUCGGAAGCGACGACGCGCCGGAAACCGCCGUUGCGAGGCAGUUGCCGCGCCUAAGUUAAUUGUAAUUAAUUAAUUAAGUGCUUAAUCAAUGCGCCGCGUGUCUGAUUCACAAAGAGAAGUACGUGUCGAAGAUUGUAUUGAGGCUCCUCGAUAACUCCUCCCCGAUGUCGGUAUUCUCGCCGAUGAUGGGAAAGUGGAAAAUGACGACCGAUCUCGUCUGUCUGUGAUGUCAUCGCGAAUUAGAUUAAAAGACGUGCAAUUUGAGCGGUCUAUUUCUGUACUUAUGCUUCAAUUCUUUGUCGUCUCAUAAGGACAAAAGAAUAGAAGACAUUUCUCUUUAUUUCUUAUUUCCGAGUGUUCUUUAUUUCGCGAUCUUUUAUAUCACCAACUGUCUAAAACUUAUAUUUUAUGCAAGAAAUAGCUUUUCGUUAAUUGUAAACUCUCUGGUUGUAAUUUUUACUUUCUAGAGGAGAUAAUUGCCAUAUAACUUUUUAUAGCUCUGGUUAUGAUAUUAAAUGAUUUUUAGAAAAAGAGAAUCUAAGAAAUGUCCAAACGAAAGAUUUAAAACGGAAGGAUAUAUUUUAAUGACAAACGUGGACAUGUUGAAAAUGCGAAAUAAAGAAUUUGAGAGCUACAAUUAAUGAAAAAAACAUCUUGAGAAUUGAAGCAACAUGAUUAGAUGAUUGACAUGAUAAGUCAUAUAAUUGACAUUACUAGGCAGAGAUCGAAAUGGUCGAUCGUGCUUCCAUUUAAUUGCGAGAUGCAUGUCGAGCCGAUUUCAACGAAACAAAGGAUCGAGGCGCGUUCUUCGAUCCUCUUUGAAUUUGUAUGUUUAAUAUGUAAGUAUCUCCAUGGACACGCAACGCACAACUCGUAAUGCGUAUCGCUGUAACUGCGUUAGCGGUAGAUGUAACAUACACGCAUUAACGUGUACGACUCAUUAUCACAACAUCGAUAACAACGAUGCAAAUGCCACUGCACGUUUUCGCCGUGAACGCUGCGUAAUCACGAUACCUGCGAGUCGCGUUUCUUCGAGCCUCUUGGCGUGGUGUUAUGCAAAAAAAUAAAAAAAAAGAAGAAAGAAAAAUACUUUUGCGUAAAGUAAUUUGUGUAACGGCUAGGAAGCAGUAAUUAGUACAAUUUAAUCGUAUUCUCCUUUUCAUAAAAACGCGACAUUUUUGUUUCUACAUCAGGAAAAUGUAGACUCUUUGUGACAUCGAUGAAAUUGUAACUUGUACAAAAUCAUGUGCGAUUUAUAUAUGGAAUUCUCAGUAUACUUGUGUAUAAAAUUACAUGUGACUUAUGAAGUUUUCAGUGCACCUUCUCUCCGCUAUAGCAACGCCGGACCUUUCGCUUCUUUCGUCUGAGAUCCUCCCGUGAUUGUCGCGGCAAAAAAAUAACGUAUCGUCGUCGUUUUCGAGCUGUCACAACGCGCUUCUCUCGAUUCGCACUUCUCAUUUGUAAAUAGACCGCCAUCGCGUUUAACGUGUACAUAAAUUGCAGUUCGUCGCGACUGCGAAACGCGCAUUAGCGCUGUCUCGCGAUCGAACGUUUCUGUCGUCUUGCAUUUUAAAUCGGAUGAGAGCAAACUCUGGCGGAAAGUUCAAUUCGAUUCGAAGCGCGGAGAACGAGGGAACUCCCUUCGUUCUACGUUACGGGGAUAACGCGACGCGCACAGUUAUAUCGCCGUUAUCGGAUUUAUUAUCGGGAACGUCGGAACUUGCUCGAUCGAGAAUUCUCCCGCGGAAACUUCGUCCAACGUGAACGUUCCUUUCGAGCUCCAAGAUCGAUCCGGGAUAUGCAAGUCGAGUAUAACGCGGAGAACUGCGAGCACUCGGAUACGAUAAUAAAUUGGCGACACACGUACACAUACGUUUCACGUGAUCGCGCGCGAACACGAUUAAUUAACGAGCAUUUCGAUUGCUUAGGAGAAUCGCGAGAUUAGUUUUACUUUUUACUUUUUUUUUCCCUUUUGUACCUAAAACGGAUUAAUCAACAAGACUAAUGACUGAAGUUGACUUUCUACUUUCGUGCGCGCAUUUUGCUACGAUAUGAUAUAAUUCGUUUGCUAGAUUUUCUCAAUUUUUCGCGCAAAAAUUUCGCGCGGAAGAAAAUUCGAAUGUUCCUUCCAAACUACGUAAUAAGACCGUUUCGAUUUAAUUAAUUGUGUGUCUGAGAGGAUUAAUUACGAAUAUUUGUAUCAACAUGAACUCACACGUAACGCGCGCGUAUUGCAGCUGAAACACAAACACACGCUCACACACGUACAUCAUGUCGUCGAUGUUCUUUUCGCGACAAGAAAAUCGAGAUGAAUCGGAGACUAGGAGAUAAGAUAUCUACAUUAUAGAUAAUGACCUUAAAUAAGCGACAAAAGAGAGCGUAGGAUAAACAAGUCUACGUAUAUUCCGCACUAGCGAAUGCGCCUUCACCAUGGAAAAUGGCUGGCACGAGAGAUGCACCGAACAAUAAAGUUGCUACGGAAAGGAAGAAGAAGAAAGUAAAAAAAAUGAUUAAAAGCGAUGAUUCUGUUGUUUUUGAUUUGGCAAUUCCAUAUGCACGUAGCCGCCCUCCAUAAACGUCCUGUCCCUUCCCGGCUUCUAUAGCUCUUAGUUCAGUUAAAUCUUAAGUUAAUAAUUCUGCUUUUUUACGUACUACUACUUAAUAUUAUACAAAGAUUGACUGCAACUUAGGUUUUUGCGAAUUAAUUUGAUUGAUUUCUCGUUAAUUCUCGUUUGGUUUGAAUUAUUUUGAUCUCGAUUUAAUUAUUAAAUAACAGAUUUGAAUUCCUCGCGAUUUGUGCUCGCACGUCGAUGUUCGCAUUUGCGUCAGUUUCGUUUUUGAUUAUGCGACAGAAGAGAAACAGACGUAAAUUUCCGCAAAAUGGAUUCUUCUGUCGCGUAAAGGAAAUCGUUCGAAUAAAUGCGAGUGAUAGCAAUGAUCGUUUCGCGCGCUCUCGUUGCCGAUCAAGUAGCGAGUAAUUUAAUUGUCCUCCGUCGGCGAUCUUUCUUCUGGAUUCGCGCCAAAACGCGAAGUUGUACAAAUUGUAAAUAAUUCGGAUCUCUCACGACAGAAACCCGCCGAUAUCGAACACUCGACGAAAAAUCAUCGACACAUUCGCAAACGCGAAAUUUUCUUUGCAUCUCGAUGUGGACCGCAUCAUUGGUUCCGUGAUAUCCUCAAAGUGGACCAAGAAAGUGCGCCAGAAAAGGAACUCACAAUCAGUUGCGUCUUGCAAUUAAGCGACUGUAAAAAUUAGAAAAUUCCUUUAAGAUUGUAAGGAUAAUCGUAACGCGUGAGAAAAUUAUAAAAUAAUAACGUUUUCAGGUGUGAACUUCUUUUAGAUUUGAUAAAUAACUCUAAUAAAAGUAAUUUAAUUAUACAAACUGUGAAUACAUUCCAAUUUUCAUUAAAGGACGAAUCAAAAUUUAAUCUUGCAAUCAGUAUACAUAGAAGCAGGCUUUAUUAAAAAAACGCGAUUAUCGAUAACUGAUUCAAUUAGAUAUUUAUGCAAGGUUCCUCGGAUUCGCGCAUUUUUCACUUCUACAUUCUUGAGAAGGACGAAGAAGUUUCGACAGAUCGAUAUUUGGCGGUUCUGUGGACUGUGAGACGAGAUAAAACGAUUCUUGUCGCUUUCUCAUCGGUAGGAUAGUCGUAGCGAACAGAGACAAAAUUGUGACGACCUGUCGUUAGUAACUAAGAGGCCUUAAUAUUUUAUCGCGUUUACGAUUAUAAUUAUACAUCGGUACAAUUUAAGCAUAGUGAAUACAUAAGGGAAUUGUAACGUAAGAGUGUCACCGAUGUACAUAUUCGCUCGAAUCGAGCGCGACCUCGUUCGAUUUUUCGCCAACUUUUUGCGUUUUAUAUCCAUCUUCUUUUCUCAAAUGAAAUCUGAUCUCAUGCUUCGCCGAAUUAUAAUCGAAGAGGCAAACGCGCGUAUAAUAUUUUCGAAAAAUUCGAUAAUUCUCUGCGGUACUUGUUGCGAAAGUUGGACGCGACAAAAGGUCGGCGUGACAUAUUGGCCGAUUGACAUCGGCUGACCAGAAGGAAGCCGAAAGGGUGCGAAAGAAUGGAGAAGUUUUUAUUCGCGUGCAAUUACACGGUAUUUACAACGAGUCAUAAAGCAGCAUGCGAAUAGGCACAUGUUACGUCUGUCGCAAUCGCGCGUUUUAUGGGCUGCGUUUAAAGCAUCAACGACGCGCAGGAUCGUAGCUCGAACAAACGAAGCAAACGCGAGAACAAAUAAUUUCUGUUUCUUCCCUUUUAAUCGAAAAAGAAAAAUCGGAGAGAGUUAAGUACCAAAAUUUUUACAAAUAGCUUUUAUAUUAUUAAUUGAUUAUACAUAUACAUAUAAUAUUAUUUUCCUAAGAUUCUAAUUACCACUUUUCAAAUAUGUAUAAUAGUUAUGUAGAUAAUAAUCUGAUUGCAGUCUGGUGGCCUUCUGCAAUAUCUAAUUUAAUGUGAACUUAAGAUUGUAUUUAAUCGAAUCGAGAAACGUUCGUAGUUUUUCGUUUUUCAUUAUAAAUUUUAAUCUACUUUUGUUUAUUUGACGCGUUUCUAAAUGUACAUUGUUUUCAGUACGUAAUAUAUCUUUCAAAACAGAUUGGUACUGUGGCAUUUGUAGUUAACAAAAAGCAAAGGCCCAAGCUUAGCUGAAUAGUAGCUACGCAGUUGGCGAGGCAUGUCAGGUUUGUGCAUAAGAAUAUGCGAAACUGCAAUAAAAAUUCUGUAGGCCAAGGACGAUUCGCGCGAAGGAUACGCAACGUGAUGGCUACCGAAAGAGCAAUAAGAUAAUCGCGACGAUCAAGAACAUCUUACAAAGAGAGAUAUUUAAUUUGCAUCCCGCAAUCUCGACGCGAAAGAGAAGAAUAAGAAUUUGCAGCGUCGAAUAAAGCAAAGUGCACGAUAAUAAAAGAAAAUUAAAGUGCGACAGCAAUAAAAAUAGAUGAAAAGUAUGCGAAAAAUCGAACGAAGUCGCCUGAUUGUACAGAUGUCUUUCCGGGAGCGGGUAGGAGCGUUUCGCCAUUUAAUAAUCUACCAGGUGGCCGAUAAACAUGGCACAUUUGAUGCACAUGACGAUACCUUUUGUUGAAAAUUUUAAAAAUGAUGCUUCUUUUAAGCACAUUGGCUCUUGCGACGUUAACACGGCAUUUUUUAGUUUUCAUAUAAUUACUUAAAUUGUGUGGUUUCUUUUCUGAGAAUUCUUAGAUUUCUAGCACGUUUAAAGCAGAGAACUUUGAUGAUUUUAAUAUUUGAAAUCACAAAAGACACGUUCAUAUUAUACGAUUUACUGUAAAUAGAUACUACUUUAACAGAAUCUUGAUUCUAAUCUUUUCUUUUGUAGACGAUAUCGAUUAUAUUUACAAGAUAAAGACAAGAUAUCGUAUCUUUCAAAAAUUUUUAAAUAUCGUAUUACGUAUUAAAAACCAGAUUCUUUAAUAAAAAGCUUAAUCAGCACGAAUCUCUACUAUACGUUCAAUAAAAUUAUCAAAAACCGAUGCAGCUCUGUUUGCACUUUGAAUAUUUCGAAUAAACAUUAGAGCUUGAAGAAACGCGAAGAUAUUUCAGUUUCAACGAGGAGAAGAUCAUUAGAACUUUCCGCAAAAGAUACCGUUACUGUCGAACGCUUUGUAGGCGGACAAGGAAGCCCGGCCGACUGUAUAAAUAUUCAACGAUCCUUCGGAGGACUUCGAGGGGAUAUUCACGUACCUUGAAAGUAGCCCGAAGCCUUUUCGAACGUUUUAGUGUUCAAGCGACCGUGAAGCUGUACAUAUAGACAGGAUAUAAUGUAAGACAUUCUCUUUGCUCUUAAAGGAUGCAAGAAGCGUUCUCGGUUGUUCUCUCACGAGCAAGAAAGACAAGGGGAGAAAAAGAGAAAAUGAAGAGAAAGAAAGAGAGAGAGAGAGAUAAGGAACGGAUGAUCCUCGUACUGUCUCUAGCUAAUUAAUGAUUAAACGAGCCCGCGGACUGGAAGCGUCCCCUCGUGCGAUCUUCGCUCCGAUCUUCCAACCUCGGGCAAUGAUCGAUCCUCGAUGUGAUAUUGAGAAACAUGAUAUUUUCUUUUUCGUUCAUCAGUGGGCAAUCGACGAAUCUCAAGAACGGCAUUUCGCGUUCUAUUUUCUCGCGCGGACAACACGGUAUCCGCAUAGAAUAGAAACGACAGCCGCGGUGUUUCGCUGAGAUCGACGAUCGAUGAUCGAGCCGCGGACGACGCAAUCGCGAUCGACAAGCUCAGGAUGAUCGUGGACUGGUGACUCUGUAAAAUAUCCCAGAAUAGCUUCGACGGUGUGGCUGUUAUUUUUUAUAAAUAUUACUGGUCGAGAGAAUCUCUGUACUGGACGGAGCGAGUUUUCAAACGCGGGCCACGCUUGAUUCGCCAAUCGUCGAUCCGCGAUUUCAUGUUCCGCGUGUCUCUCGUUCUUGGUGUUUUCGUGCGUUUUGUGUAAAUAGAGCUGUAGUUCUCGUCCGCGGUGCUCUCACGCUUGCAAAUGCAACGAGGAAGUGCGAUCGAUCGCAUCGCAUGAUUUUCAUCUCGUUUCACAAUUUACUUUUACAAAAGCAUUUUUUGAAAAACGAAACAAGCACGAUUAUAUUACAUAACAUGAAAUAAUAAUGAAUUAAACAUUGAAAAAUUUACGAUGGUAAUACGAAAAAUCAAUAUAUAAAUCUACUUGAGCCACAGCAGAGAUUAAUCAACAAUUGUUUAUCGGCGGAUUGUGGGCGAUGAUUAAUUAGUGAUUAAUCUUUGCUUAAUGUUGAGAAAUGUAGAAUUAAUCGCGGGUGAGAGCACCUUGAUCACGGUCAGGGAUCCGCGGAAUCCCCGGCGCGUGAUUGAAGGACCAAUAAAUCAACCUCUUGGUGGACUCGUGUGUCUAAUCACUAUUUAUCAUUUAGACCAGUAAUUAGAGUGCGGCUCUGUAAAUAGGAAUCGAUGAUCUUCGACUUAGCGUGUAUUCACGUGCGCGAAGAAAGAGAAUACGUGUAUAGAAAAGGAGAGCGCACGAGCUCCCUCAUUCUCAAGAGCACGUGCGAGUGCACGUCUCUGCGAUGGAACUCUUUUCUUUUUUUUCUCUCAACGUGUCGACACUACUUGUACUUAUUACUUAAUAAAACGUAGAAGUUCAUCCCUGCGCGAUUUAGUCGCGAUAUGUGUAUGCAAUGUGUCCGCGGGGUCCGGGGCCCCGAAUUUUGAUCGUGCCGGCCCGGGCCCACGCCGAGCUAAACUCUAAACUCACGGCCAAAAUAACGUAAUUUAGGGAAGCUGCUGCUGGCAAUGCCUUCUUAUUCUUUACACUGUGACGUACCAACACACACGUACACAUACACACACCAAUACAUGUACCGGUGCAUGGACUGCCCGAUAAUUAACCGAGUAUCAAGAUAACUAUGAACUGUUUGUAAUUGAUUUCCUGUUCGCGAAGAUCACGUAGAUAUAUACAGGGUGUUCUAUCAGCCUUCGCGUGAGCAACAGCUCACGUCACAGGUAUCGUAGGAGAGGUUCCGCGAUGCCACGCUCUUCAAAUGACGUAAUUAUUAAUCGAGUGAUCAACAAUGUAACGCGGAUAUUUUGCUUUCCGAUAAUCUGAACGCACAAAUCGAGCGAAAUCGAUCUCGUUACGGCACACGAUUAAUUAUGGCAGCCUGUCUAUCUUAUACACUCUUGUAUGAUAUACACUAAAUGGCGUGGUUCUUCUUCCUCUAGCCGACUCGAGGCGAGUUCCGAAAUGUCGCGAUCGCUCGCGCAGGGGACCUCGUAACUUUGAUCGGAAUCAUGCGAAGACCGCUGCGAGAUUUUAGAGCGUCAAGUUAUGCAUGAUGCAUGCGUUAGAAAUAUGGAAAAAAGAACAAAGACGAAUGGAAAAUAUCUGGAAGUAACGAGAGACGGUGGCGUGUAACAUACGUAGGUAGAAUAGUAUAUCAUGACUGCAAGUAUUGUAGAACGAAAAAA